AUGCAACCAACCACUGUUUCUACUGUUUCUGCUGCUGAAAAGUCCAAGACUUCUGAAAACAAGGAUAAUUUCAGAUUACCAUUUAGCACAACUUUUUGUGUAAUAGCUUAG